ACUCGCAUGAUUCAUCUAUCAGUUUGCAAAAUAUAAACAAUAUUACGAGUAACAUCUUUCAAUGUUUUUUUAAAUUGAAUUAACUUUAUUUUAAUGAACGCUAAAUGUAACUUUUGUACAACUUUGACGUGUAAAAUGUGUGGUCAUUACAUUUAAUAUGAACAUCAUGCAAUAGUACCUGUAUAAAUAAUAACUGUAUUCCAAACCGACUCAGCCCAUUAUCCAUCGUGGGUAUAUAUAAAAUUAGUACGACUGUGGAUAGUACCACUGAUUAAUGUCAUAGGAAUGUGGAAUUUCCACCACCGACUUGACAUUUACAUUCCCUUCUAGAUUUGAAGCUUUCGUGACUGCAAGGAUUCAUACUCUUAGGUUUUUUCGGUAAAGUCACGUAGGUAAAAAUAAAAAAAAUCAAAUAAUAUAAAUAAUAAUAGAAAUAAAAUAAAAAAUCACGACGUUUCGGAGGCAACACAAGUCUCCGUCAUCAGAGAGCCAGCCGUGUGUAAGCAAGGGCAGCGGGGCAUCUCGGAGGUCAUGCAGGGCACCAGGGCGUCGUCGCUCUUCUUCCUGAGCCUCCCCGAGUUUGACCGCUUGGUCAGGACCAUACUGACGCUGGACCUGCCGUCUCACCCGGGUCCUCAUGACGACAAUCGGGCACAGCAGAUCCUCCGAUGCCGGGAGCUGCUGUUUCUCAACCCAGAGGUACUUUCAGCCCCGCUGCUUAACACAACAAAAAAUAUCAUCAUCGUUACAUCCAUAAGUUUCCUAAAGUCUGGAAAAAUCCAGGGAUUCGUGCAACGCGUCAAGGCGAAGGUACAGGAUGUUCAAAGAGCUAUGCCGGCCGAGGUGCAGAUGUGUCUCACCUACACGCUCAUCGCUAGACUAGCGCCAGGGUGGAACAAAGUCGGAGACGUCCUUGUACAAGGGAGGGACUUCAUGAUGAAGACGUGCAAACAAAACGCUGUGGGUCUGCAGGUGAAUGUGACUGACAAACAGGUGUGCAUCGCCAUUGACGUAUUCACAGUCCGGCUUCCUCCUCCCGCGCUAGAGGAUUUUGACAUCUCCACUGCGGUCAUUCAGAGGUUCCUGGCAUCAGACUUUGCAACCAUAUCUCCUGCCUCUAUCUUCAGCCGCUGGUGCUAUGUUCUGCCAAGCAUGAAGAAAGGCGAGAUUGUGUCAGUCACUCACGCACUCCUGCCCAAGAGUUCUCUACAAUCCUACAAUGACCUGCGCAAGCACUGGAAAAAUAUGCACGGCUACCGCCUGCCGCAAGAAGAGCAGGACCGGACCAUUUAUUGCCACAUCAACUUCAAACUCCUUGGAGAACGGCUCUUCAGCUACCCGCUGUGGUCCCUGCGCAGUGAUGCGGUGCAGUUUGUGGGCCGCGGCGAUCACGGCGGCGUGCUGAACACCUUCCUGGGCGACCUGCACAACCGCCUGCCGGCGAUGUGUGGCUUCCCCAUGCGCCUGACCUCCUCGCCCCUUUACUGCACGCCCGAGCUCUCCUCCGUGCGGCUGCGGGAGACUCACAGCUCUCAGCCGGUGAAUCUGUCAAGUAAUCCUCCUCCUUCCUACAACAGUACUCCCCGCUUCUUCUCUUCCCAAUUGCAGCAGUCGUCCAUCCCGUUAAACCUAAAUCUCUGCGAGUUUGCCAAAAUGUUUGCAAAUAUAAGCUCUCCAGUUUCCACAUCCCCUCACUCGCAGCAGAACCGUAGCAUAACCACAGCACAGCAAAAGCCGCAAUCCGAUGAUGUUGCUGCUAAGCUUACAAGAACAUCAUCAUCAUCUUUAACAUCAUCAUCAACAUCAUCAUCGUCGUCACCAUUGCAGCAGAGGCCCAAGCCACAAAAUGGGUGGGUGGCAUCAUCUUCUCAGGGGCAGUUAGGCAAGCCGAGGAUGUGGCAGCCGGGCUCAGGGUCGGCCAUUAUGAGCGCCACGCAGCCGCCAAGUCUGUUGGACAAACCGCGCACGCUGCUCGGACUGCCAGUGUUCGGCGCGAAUGCGGGCGACGCAUUCCUACCGAUCUUCAAGGGCGGUUUCAAGACGAGCCAGCGUCCUGCGGGCAGGUCGGAGCCACCAAAGAGGAUGAACUUCAUGCAGCACGUGUUGUCUGGGAAGGACGGUGGAAGUGGUGGCGGCGGUGCCGGUUGUGGCGGUGGCGAUGGAGGCGGUGAGGGUGGAGAAAGUAGCGGACGAGUGGAAAAACCAAAAUUGUUUGUCCCCACGUUCUCGAAAGUCAAAAAGCAGCCCGUGAACAGGACCGUCCCGACCAUGCCAGACAAACCAACGAGGCAACAGGGGGGGGCGACUUCCCCAGCCAACGCUGUGGUGACGACGAAACCAAUCCCCGCGAGUCGCCCUCUGCCGCCCUCCUUCACCGCCACCACGACCGCCUCUCCCGACGAGACCGUCCCAACUCGCGACGCAGUCGGCCCCGCCGCCUGGCAGAGGCUGGGGUUGCUCCCUGUCGGAGGGGCAUCUGGUCGUGGGCUCCCCCCCAAACUCUCAACACUUACAAAGCCCAAAGUCGCACCGGCCGACUGCUCUACCGCCGCGGUGAAGAGGAAAGCGCUGGCGCAAGUGCAAGAUACAGAAGCCAAGCCUAAGAAAUCUCGCCCCAAGCCGACUGUACAACAAGUCAACGUGGAGGAGAUGGCAAGUAGUGACCAGCUGAGCAAGGUGAACGCCGUGACGCUGCUCUCAUGGCUCAAGGGCCGUGGGGUUGCCGCUCGCUCGGCCGACAGGAAGGAGGAGCUCAUCAGGAAGGUGGUUGCAUCCAUCAACAGCGGCAAGGGCAAGAGCAACAAGGGCAGCAAUGACAGCAACAGCAUCAGCAAGUUCUUUCCCGAGAUGUGAACAACCUGCCACGCGUUGGUCUAGCUUGAGGGAGCGACCAGUGUGUCAAUGUUCUUAGGUUUUUUCGGUAAAGUCACGUAGGUAAAAAAUUUAAAUUAAAAAUAAUAAAAGUAAAAU